AUGGCCCAAGGCAAGCCCAGCUACAGAUACCCGUUCUCGGCCGCCCCGGAUAUCAUACGGGCAAACCAGAAAGAUGCGUACUUUCAAGGUGUCCUCUUUGAACAGGUUUCCGACAUCGUGCGGAAGCUCUACGGCGCGCGCACUACGCACAAUUACACCUCCGAAUCGCGGGCUUUUGCAGAUCUCCUCUAUCUCGGCCUGACGACCGUGGUCGGUAACAGGACUUUGGGGGAGGAGUACAGCGACAUCGUGCAAAUCGAGGGCGACUCACGCGUGCUGCCAUCGAUCGAGCGGCGGCUCGGAUACGUUCUAUCCACGGUCCUGUUACCAUACUCGCUGAACCGAAUAUUGCCUGCGCUCCGCCGUCGCCUGCGAUCCGGAUUGGAAAAGAGCAUCCGCAAGUCUGCACAGGGCCAAAGUCCAAAGCCCUCUGCAUUGACACACCUCAAGUCAUAUCUUCUUUCGAAUCUCGACACCAUCACAUCGCCUUCGCCGGUGUAUGCUAUUAGCCUAGCCGUCUUUUACUUCACCGGCGCCUACUACCAACUCGGAAAGCGGGUCUUCGGGCUACGAUAUAUAUUCACCCGCCACAUCGACACGAAUACUCAACGCGUGGGAUACGAGGUUCUCGGCGUCCUUCUCGUCCUUCAACUCUCAGUCCAAACGUGGCUACAUGUUCAAAACACCGUGACAGAGAGCGCUCCCGAAUUUUCCAACGUGGGACGGCAGCCUGGUGAUCAUGGUGUUGAAGUGAGCUUAGAUCCUACGGCAUACUCGAGCAACAAUGCCCUUUUAUUCGAGGCCGAUGGCGCACCUGCCACCACCAAUACGUAUCAGCAAAGCUUGCAACGAAUCACACAAACCCCUGUGCUCCAGGACGCACGCUUCGAUCUUGAGGACACCGACACCAUGCAAUGGAUCAAGGGCAAACAACAGCGGAAGUGUACCCUGUGCCUCGAAUCGAUGCGCGAUCCGAGCGUGACGACGUGUGGGCAUAUGUUUUGUUGGACAUGCAUUGGCGAUUGGUGUCGAGAAAAGCCCGAGUGUCCGCUUUGCCGACAAACCUGCCUUGCCCAACAUGUACUACCGCUCCGCGGGUGA